AUCAGCGACGUCGACUGCGGCAGUAGUAAGUAAUUUGUAAAGCAGGCGUUUAGUGAAAAGUUAAUAUCACAAAAAACUGAUAAAUGUCCUGCUAGUAAUUACUAACAUUGUUCAUAAAUAUAGCCGGCAGAGAUGGGUAUCUUGGAGAAGAUCUCUGAAAUAGAGAAGGAAAUUGCUCGUACUCAAAAGAAUAAAGCAACCGAAUAUCAUUUGGGUCUUUUGAAAGCGAAGCUUGCCAAAUAUCGCUCGCAAUUAUUGGAACCAUCGAAGAAAGGUGAAAAGGGCGAUGGUUUUGAUGUCUUGAAAAGUGGUGACGCGCGUGUCGCGUUGAUUGGUUUCCCCUCAGUUGGUAAAUCUACUUUGUUGUCUACUCUGACCAAGACUGAAUCUGAGGCGGCCAAUUAUGAGUUUACCACACUCACUUGUAUCCCCGGUGUCAUUGAAUAUAAAGGUGCUAAUAUACAAUUACUAGAUUUGCCUGGAAUUAUAGAAGGUGCCGCUCAGGGCAAAGGUCGCGGUCGUCAAGUUAUUGCUGUAGCGCGCACAGCCGAUUUGGUCAUCAUGAUGUUGGACGCUACCAAACCGAAUGUACAUCGUGAUUUGCUCGAACGUGAAUUGGAAUCAGUGGGUAUAAGACUUAACAAACGCAAACCAAACAUUUACUUCAAGCAGAAAAAGGGUGGUGGCCUUAGCUUUAAUUCCACAUGUUCACUAUCGCGUUGUAAUGAGAAAAUGGUGCAAACUAUUUUGCAUUCAUUCAAAAUUUUCAAUGCAGAGGUACUUUUCCGCGAGGAUUGUACCGAGGAUGAAUUCAUCGAUGUAGUGACGGCAAACCGUGUAUAUUUGCCUUGCUUGUACGUGUACAACAAAAUCGAUCAGAUUUCAAUCGAGGAGGUCGAUCGUUUAGCGCGAGAACCGAAUUCGAUAGUGGUCAGUUGCAACAUGAAAUUAAAUUUGGACUAUCUGUUAGAGGCCUUGUGGGAUGCGUUGCAGCUGAUAAGAGUGUACACAAAGAAACCGGGUGCACCACCAGAUUUUGAUGAUGGUUUGAUUUUAAGAAAGGGUGUCACAGUUGAACAUGUAUGCCAUGCUAUACAUCGUACACUGGCGGCUCAAUUUAAAUAUGGACUUGUUUGGGGUACUUCCACAAAGUACUCGCCACAGCGUGUAGGCAUAUCACAUAUUAUGGCUGACGAGGAUGUUAUACAAGUUGUUAAAAAAUGAUAAACGCUGAUAUAGAUUAUAAUAUGCGUUGAAAUUGUGUUGAACGUUGAUUUUGCAGUGGAUAAUUAUAGGCCUUCCAAAAAAUUCUUUAAUUACCCUUAUUAUUAAUUAUAAACAAUAUAAGCAUGUUCAUAAAAUCUGAGAGAAAAACAAUAAUUUUUAUAUGCCUUUCCGAAGUGUUGAGAUACUUGCAACGAAUAACGAACAAUAUUGCUUGCUAAAUAUAAAUUAUGUCUGCUAUGCCAUUGCUUAAAAACAA